ACUGGUCCAACAAGCGGUUUUCACGGAGCCAGACGACCAGAGUGCCUGGUUCUAUUACCGCUGGUUGUUGACGUCCAUGGUGGAGUUGGUGGAGUCGUCUGCUGAGGACGCGGCUGGGUUCUUGAAGAGCCAAGUGCAGUGGCUGGAUGAGCUGCUGGAGAUGGAAAAUGAGGCUAAAUGGGUCGUUGUCACGCUUGCUGAUCUGCAUUACCGUCUUGGUGCGAUUACGGAUGUCAGUGGAUGGGAGGAAGCGAAGAAGAAGAGUGUGGAGCUGUAUGACCGCGCGAUCGCAGUGGAUCUGGACCACCGCCGCUACUACGAGGACAUGAAGAAGAAAAGUGCCUGA